AUGUCAUCGACGAACGGAGGUUUCGGGUUCUUUUCACCGGAUAACACAAACUUGUUUUACCGAGAAGCCACGUGGACGGUGGAGGAAAACAAACGGUUCGAGAAAGCUCUCGCCUUUCAAGACGACAAAGACAAUCUCGAGAGCUGGAUCAAGAUCGCCGAUUCCAUCCCCGGCAAAACCGUCGUUGACGUCCUUAGACGUUACAAGGAGCUAGAGGAUGACGUCAGCGACAUCGAGGCCGGACUUAUCCCCAUUCCGGGAUACAGCAGCGACGCCUCCUCCGGAACCGCCGGUGAAUACUUCUUUGGGCUAGACAACUCUGACUACGGCUACGGUUAUGAUUACGUCAGAGGAGGAAAGAGGAGUUCGCCGGCCACAAAUGAUUGCUUUAGGCCACCGAUGCCGGAAAAGGAGAGGAAGAAAGGAGUUCCGUGGACUGAGGAAGAACACCGGCGAUUUCUAAUGGGUCUGAAGAAAUAUGGAAAAGGAGAUUGGAGAAACAUAGCAAGAAAUUUUGUGACGACUCGAACGCCGACGCAAGUCGCUUCCCACGCUCAGAAAUAUUUCAUUCGGCAGCUCACCGAUUGUAAAGACAAACGCCGAUCAAGCAUUCACGACAUCACAACCGUUAACGUCUCCGACGCAAACGCAUCAACAACCGCCCCCGCAACACUCUCUCCUACUCAAACCAAUUCUUUUGACGUUUUCCUCCCUCCAAAGCCUUAUCAUAGUUUCGCGUUUGCGUCUGCGUCUAGUUUUUGCAACGCGUUUCCGCAGUGGAGUUAA